AUGCUGUGGUCUGCAACAUCAGCCUUUGUAAUUGCUUGGAAUCAUCAUGAAAAUCGUUGUGAUUGGUUAGAUAAUGUUGAUUGUUUACGACAAGAAACGACUGAAACUCCAUCAUCAAAUGAGGGAGAUGAAUUUGACAGUAAUGAUGAUAAUCCUACAUCGCAAGAUGAAGAAUCAGACAAAUUACCAUUAAAGAAAAAAGUAACAAAAAAAGCUGGUAAAUUAGGCAAAAAAGCGAAAUCAGAGCCACCACCAGAUGAUGAACAAGAUGAUCAAGAAUUGUUUGAAUGUCCUCAGGGUACAGGUUGGGAUGAAAAGACAUCAUCGUGUAAAUGGAUUGAUGAUGUUAAUUGUGAAGCGAAAAAAUUGGAUUAUUCAACAACAUCAGAACUACAUAUUGUGAUUAUUAAAGAUUAUGUUGUAGGAUCAACUACGUUGAAGAAAAAGUCAGAUUCAGAAUCAACAAUAAAUUCAAUAACACCAUCAGGAAUUGCUAAAGGUGGAGAUCAAACAGUCGAAUGUCAACCGGUUGGCUCAUAUAAUAUACCCGAUCCAAAUGAAUGUAAUGCUUAUUAUCAAUGUGAAAAUGGUCAUCGUACAAAAUUAUCUUGUCCUGAAAAACAAUUAUUUGAUAUUGAAAAACAAGGAUGUGAUCUAUUUUCUAAAGUAUUUUGUGGUACAAGAUCGGUCAAUUUAGCCGAUAAAAAUCAAUGUAAUGGUAGACGAGAUGGUAUAUUUCCAGACACGGAAAGAGAAUGUCGAGUGUUUUUUCAAUGUGUUGGACAAGUAAAAGCGCGAGAAGCAUCAUGUCAUAAUAAUCAAAAGUUUAAUAUAUAUACAAAUAAAUGUGAUCAACCUCAAAAUGUACCACCACCAUGUGGUAACUAUCUUCCCGGGCAUGCGUCUUUACAAUCAAAAUCGUCUACAAUAAUAAAAAUGUUGUGGUUAAUUUAUGGAUCAUCUGGAUGGAUUGGUGGACAGUGUCAUUCAAUUUUGAAUAUUGCUGGACAAAAAGUAAUUGCUGGACGACGUAUUACGACGUUAAAAGAUGUUGAAGAAGAUAUAAAACUACAUAAGCCAGAUCGUGUUAUUUGUACACUUGGUCGAACACAUGGUGAAGAUGUACCAAAUAUUGAUUAUUUAGAAAAACCUGGAAAGUUAAAAGAUAAUAUUCGUGAUAAUCUUCUUGCUCCCAUGUUUAUUGCACAAGCAACAAUACAACAUUCAAACUUAUUAAGUCCAAUUCCUAUGCUUUAUAUUGGUACUGGAUGUAUAUAUGAAUAUGAAGAUUCAAAUGAUUUAUCGCAUCCAUUUACAGAAAGUGAUCCACCAAAUUUUUUUGGUUCAUCCUACAGUACAGUCAAAGGAGCUACCGAUCUUCUACUUAACGCUUUUCCACACGUUAUAAAUGCACGAAUUCGAAUGCCAGUAUCGGAUGAACCAAAUCCAAGAGAUUUUAUCUCAAAAAUCCUUGGCUAUCGAAAAAUAACAUCUUUACCUAAUAGUAUGACAGUUAUGUCUGAUAUAUUACCAAUUUUAUUAGCAAUAACUCAUGAUGGAAGAUUUAGCGGUUGUAUAAAUGCAUGUAAUAAAGGUUUUGUUGAUCACGAAUGGAUAUUAAAAACAUAUUCUGAGAAAACAGGUGAACAAUUAAAUUAUGUAUUAGAGCCUAUGAAUGAACAAAGUGCUCGUUUGGCUGCAAAACGUUCAAAUAAUGUAUUAUCUACAGAAAAAUUUGAACAAUGGAUUAAAAUGAUAUCACUUGAAGCACGUAAUCUAUAUUAUGCACCACAUACAUUACCAGAUUUAGAAAAAAGUAUUGAAAAUAUAUGUAUACAUCGUGCAUUAAAAACAGUUUCAAAAGAUUCUAAUGAUUCAAGAAAUUUACUUGUUACGGGAGGUUGUGGUUUUAUUGGAAGUAAUUUUAUUAAUCAUUGGUUAAACACCUAUCCUGAAGAUAAUAUAAUUAACGUUGAUAAAUUGGAUACAUGCUCAAACAUUAAAAAUAUUGAACAUUCUGAUUCAUCUCGUUAUAAACUAGUUGUGGCUAGUAUUAAUAAUAAAGAUUUAAUGUUACAUUUGAUGAAACAGUAUGAAAUAACGCAUGUUGUACAUUUUGCAGCUCAAACUCAUGUUGAUACAUCGUUUGGUAAUAGUAUUUUAUUUACUGAAUCAAAUAUAUUCGGAACACAUUGUAUAUUAGAAGCGGCUCGAAUCUAUGGUAAAUUACGGAAAUUUAUUCAUAUUAGCACCGAUGAAGUUUAUGGUGAAUGGCCGGCUGGUAGCUGUCAUGAAACAGCUGUGUUAAAUCCGACUAAUCCGUAUGCCGCAACUAAAGCUGCUGCUGAAUUUUUAGUCAAAUCGUAUGGAGAAAGUUUUAAAUUACCAUAUGUAAUUACGCGAGGCAAUAACGUCUACGGUCCAUAUCAAUUUACCGAAAAAGUCAUUCCACGAUUUAUCACGACAAUAUUACGUGGAGAAAAAAUGCCUAUUCAUGGCGACGGUAGUCAUGUUAGAAAUUUUAUUUUUGUCGAUGAUACCGUUAGAGCUGUUGAUAUUGUUCUUCGUAAAGGAAAACUAAAAAUGAUAUAUAAUAUUGGUUCAAAAGAUGAACUUAAAGUUAUGGAUAUCGCAAGUAUACUAUUGAAAAUAAUGCGUCCAGAUAUCAAACUAGAAGAUGCUAUUAUUCAUGUAAAAGACAGAUAUUUUAAUGAUUGUCGUUAUUCAGUUAUGACUGAUGCACUAGAAGGUCUUGGCUGGAAACAACAGGUAAAAUUCGAUGAAGGAAUACAAAAAACAAUUGAAUGGUAUACUAGUCAUCAAGAUCACUGGAUUUCCUCUGAAAGUACUUAA